GUACCGAAUGAUACCCUCCCGCCCUCCACCGGUGGCUUGCCGGCCAGGGUCCGGAAACCACCUCCUUUGUGCACACUGCGCCGUUGUCAGUGGACCUUGGGCUUGGCUAUCCCCGUUCGAGAUUCAUCCUAAGAUGCGAUUGGCUCCGCGUUUAGGCGUCUGGUCUCGAGUCCGGUGGCGGGUUGUGAUAUUCCCGAUCCUAGUCCUCCCCCCUCCCCUAGACUGCACAGCCACCGUGUGCAGCAGAUUCAUCCGAACUUGAGCCAGACCACCGUGAGAACUGUCCAAAAUGAGUGUUGCUUGCGAGACUAAGGCCUCAACUCUACCAUAUGGGGAAUGCCCAAGCUCCCACGCCUCUCCGCUGGGGGCGUGACAUGCAACAGAAAGUUAGGUACAUUGGGUGAAAACAAGAUACUCCAGAGUCCAUUCAAGGAAGCCGCUGUCAAAGGUAGGAACGCGAAGGGUGUCGUGAUUCCUCGUCGACGGAAAUGUCUAUAAGAAGGCUGCUUUGCGCCGGCGAGAAAACAACUUUCUUUUGUCCCUCAUCGCAUCAUCAGCUUUCUCUUCUCUCAUCAGCUUUCUCUUUUCUCUUCGACUCGUCGCACUUUGAAUCGUUUCUUCUCCUGCCGGCCAGGUUACUAUUUGAGCUCGGAUACCUAAUUCAGGAUAUACGAUAUACUUAUUCAUUUCAUAAUGCCUUCGUUCAGAGCCAUCGUUGCCUUCGGGCUUCUCGCCACCUCCGGACUCGUUUCCGGUCACGGCGUCAUCACUGGAGCAACCGGCAACGCUGGCGGGACUGGCAUGGCUCUCGGUGUAGACUCCUCGACGCCGCGGGACGGAACCCGCCGGCGGCCGUUCCAGCAGGACAGCACGCGUUUCCGGGGCGACCAGGCUGACACCUUCGGCGAGACGAUCGGGGCCGGCAACAACAACCUCGAGCAGGGCACGCAGGCCAUCCUAGCCGAGACGGGCGACCAGCUGCCUCAGGUGACACCGGGCGGGCAGCUCACCAUGACCUUGCACCAGGUCAACGCCGACGGCGCCGGUCCGUAUUCAUGCAUGAUUAACGACGACGGCACGGGCCAGAACUGGGACGACAUCCAGGUCACCCAGUCGCCGCCGGGCGAAGAUUCCCGCGACCGCAACGGCAACGAGACGGACUUCCCCCUGAUCGCAGCCAUCCCCGCCAACCAGGAGUGCACCGGCACCGUGGCGGGUCAGUCGGACGUCUGCCUGGUCCGGUGCCAGAACGGAGCGAGAGCGGGUCCAUUCGGCGGAGUUGUUCCCGUCCAGCUGGCCAGCUCGACCGCCGCCGCUUCGGCGUCCCAGGGGACCACGGGGGCUACCAAGGCCGGUAGUGCGGCUGCUAAGGCCAACAGGAGGACCAAGAGGCAGCAGUUUACGGCGUAAGCCUGUCGCGAGGGGAUACGGUUCUCCCAUCAAGUUGGAGUGCCAUCCCACAGAUGCAGUUGGCUCGAGUACUGGCUUCUCGGGGGGAUUUGGUGUAGUUAUAUGAGUGGAUAGAGAUUAGCUAUAGUUUAGUCCUAGUACAGUGCCUGCAGACUCAGGAAGUAUACAAUCGUGCGAUAAUCAUUAUCACGAGUCUUCGUCUUACGUGACCGGGUGGAGAAUUGGCUUGAGUCUUGCUCGUUUACUAGCGCGCGGCAUCUUCAUGUGAAGCCCUCUAAGCCCUGCUCGCCGGUGCAACGGGUGACCUGAGCUUUGACGUGCAGCUGGCAGCUAUCAGCCUGCACGACACGAGUACACUACGUACUGGGUGAGUCCGGGAGGGUGGCUUUGCUCGCCAUUCGUC